GAAAGAGGCACUUUUGGGGUAUUGAUAGAAGUGCCAAGCUCACCCUUUUCCCUUCAUCAUCAUUGGAUCAAUCUUUUGUGGGGGGAACGGAUUGUCCGAUCGAAAGAGAUAUAAAAAGAUAAGCAUACAUUGCACUUUCAUCAUCUAUUCUUCUCUCUCACAACCAACCAAACAUGGCACCUGCAGCAACGGCUGAAUCAACACCUGCACCUGGUGCAAAUGGAGGUCAAUCAGGUCCACUUCCAACACAAUCGGCAGCAGGUAAGCAAAAUGCAACAACGAUCGAACUUAAAACAAAAGGUUUAAAAGAAGAAGGUAAAGGAGGCGGUAAAACGUUUGCAAGACAACAUGAAUUGCCAAAGUUACCCAUUCCAAAAUUAGAAGAAAGUUGUGAUCGAUACCUUUUAGCACUUAAAGCACUUCAAUCAAAAGAAGAUUUUCAACGUACUGAAAAAGUUGUCAAAGAAUUCUUACAAAACGAAGGUCCAAAACUGCAAGUCGAAUUACAGAAAUACGCAGAAGAUAAAGCAUCAUACAUCGAACAAUGGUGGGAUGAAAGUUAUUUGAGCACAAGUGAUUCAGUCGUACUCAAUUUAAACCCUUUCUUCAUCUUGGAAGAUGAUCCAACACCUUCACGUGGUAAUCAAUUGAUGAGAGCAGCAAGUUUAAUCUUGGCAAGCUUGACUUUCGUUCAUGAUUUACGUCAUGGCGUUUUGGAACCGGAUUCUGUUCGUGGAACACCUUUGGACAUGUAUCAAUAUACACGUUUGUUCGGAACCUCACGUAUUCCUACUCAAGACGGCUGUCAUAUGUCUUCUACGCCCAAUGCUAGACAUGUCGUCGUAAUGAGAAGAGGUCAAUUUUAUUGGUUCGACGCUUUGGAUGAAGAACAUCAACCACUUCUCACAGAAAGAGCCUUGUUGGCCAACUUGGCAUCAAUCGUAAAAGAUGCAGAUCAAACGGAGCCUGUCAACGUUGCACAAGCAGCAGUUGGAAUUCUAUCAACCGAAAACAGAAAGACGUGGUCACAUUGCAGAGAUAUUCUAAAAGGACAUGCUCACAAUGCCCGUUGUUUAGAAGUGAUCGAUACUGCUUUGUUUGUCGUUUGCAUGGACGAUUCGGAACCUGAAGAUGCAGCACAAUUAUGCAAAAAUAUGCUUUGUGGUACGUACGAAUUACAAGAUGGCGUUCAAGUGGGCACAUGUACAAACAGAUGGUAUGAUAAAUUACAAAUCAUCGUUUGUGCAAAUGGCGCUGCAGGUAUCAAUUUUGAACAUACAGGUGUUGAUGGUCAUACGGUUUUACGUUAUGUUGCGGAUGUGUAUACGGAAUUGAUUAUGAGAUUUGCCAAAUCGAUUCAUAGUGCAACAAAGAGUUUAUUCCAAGCCAGAACAAGUCCUUAUGCUCGUGGAGGCGGAAAGGGAUCAGGACAAUCGGAUGACGUUGAAAAGACACAGGCAAUCAUGCGUGCAACCACGCCAAAGAAGCUAGAAUGGAAUCUUGAUCAAGAAUUAAAAAAUGCUAUCAAAUUUGGUGAAACACGUUUAUCCGAUUUGAUUUGUCAAAAUGAAUGUCAAGUUAUGGAAUUUGAUGAUUUCGGUAAAAAUUUCAUCACUCGUCAUAAAUUUUCUCCAGAUGCUUUUGUGCAAAUGGCAUUCCAAGCUGCUUAUUUCACCUUGUAUGGUCGUUGUGAAACAACGUAUGAGCCCGCAAUGACAAAAGCAUUUUUGCACGGAAGAACAGAAGCGAUUCGAACCGUUCAACCUGCUUCUUUGGAUUUCGUAAAAGCAUUUGCCGAUCCUGAGACAACUUCACACAACAAGAUUGAACGGUUACGUAAAGCAUGCGAUGCACAUACAAAGCUCAGUAAAGCAUGUGCUACAGGACAUGGAUUCGAUCGUCAUUUGUACGGAUUGAAAUGUAUCACGGAAGAAUUGAUCAAAGCAGGAAAAUACGAAGAAUCUCAAAUGCCUGCUUUAUUCACUGAUCAAGGUUAUAAAAUUCUCAAUCAUACCGUUUUGAGUACUUCAAAUUGUGGUAAUCCCGCUUUACGGUUGUUCGGCUUCGGUCCCGUUGCUCCGGACGGUUUUGGAUUGGGUUAUAUCAUCAAAGAUGAUGCAAUCACGGUUUGUGCAGCAAGUAAACAUCUUCAAACAAAGAGAUUCUUAACAACGUUGGAAUGGUAUUUACGCACGAUGAAGAAAAUCUUGAUUGAGAAUUAUCGUGCUGCCAAUGAAAGAACUACUCAUACCUUCAUCGAUCAUCAAGGUCGUGAAUGUGAUAUUCGUACCGGCUUACCGAUCGGAAGUCAUCAACACAAAGGAAAUGGUUAUGAUUUGGGAGAUGAUGAAACGCCUGGCGUUAGUGGAUAUUCGUUCUAUGAUGAAGAUUCCGAUCAAAAGAAGAAAAAUAAUGACGGAAGACCUAGAACUGAUUCAGGCCUUUCUCGACUGGCCGGAACAGGUCGUCUUCUUAUGCUGGACGAUUAUGCGUAGAUGAUUUCAGAACCAGAACAAUUCACCUGUAUUUCGUAUACCAAUUAAUACUUUAUGAGCUCUUCUUUUGUGAUCACGUGGUCUAAACGGUAUACAUUGUCGAGAUAAUAUUUGAGGUGCUGAAUACAUGAGCGAACAAAUUAAAGCCCUCCUUGCAAGAUCCUCUGUGUGACUCGCUCCUUGAGAUUCGAGUAUGCAUUCAUGAUUGUCUGCUCGUUGAUCUGUAUAUCUGUAGCAUCAGGUCGUGGUCUGGAAACCCGUGAUGAAACAGUAGUCGAAUCGGUCUCAAGAAUGAUUCUGGAAGGGAAAAAGAAUCGUUAGCUGGUGUUCCUUGCUUACAGAUCUCAUUGAUUGACUCACCCAUCAUCUACGGUCUCAUCGACGGCCAAGCUGACCAAAUCCAAAUUCUCCAAAACUGCUCUUUU